AAGGAGAGGGCCCAGUGUGACGUCACGAAGAAAGUUCAUUCUGAUUGGACAGAAUUUAGAAGACUGACGGCGGGAAGGAGGCGGAGUCGAGUUACCCUGGUGACGGGUUGUCCGGUGGUCGCCUGGUAACGGGUCGCGGCGGUCCUGGCUGCGCCAACGCAGGCGGCGUAGGCCGCAGAGGUCUGUGGGGCGGAACCGGCGCUGGGCUUUUUCUGUUGGUCCUGCGAUGGCGGCUUCCGCGGCCGUGGUCACGCCGCCGGGCUUGGAGGAUGGGGUGCCCAGGUCCCGUGGCGAAGGGGCCGGGGAGGUGGUCGUGGAGCGGGGACCCGGCGCGGCCUACCACAUGUUCGUGGUGAUGGAGUACUUGGUGGAGAAGCUGAAGCUGCUCCGCUAUGAGGAGGAGCUCCUCCGGAAGAACAACCUGAAGCCCCCGUCCAGACACUAUUUUGCACUGCCUACCAACCCUGGUGAACAAUUCUACAUGUUUUGCACUCUUGCUGCUUGGUUGAUUAACAAAGCAGGACAUCCCUUUGAGCAGCCUCAAGAAUAUGAUGACCCUAAUGCAACAAUAUCUAACAUUUUAUCUGAGCUUCGGUCAUUUGGGAGAACUGCAGAUUUUCCUCCUUCAAAAUUAAAGUCAGGUUAUGGCGAGCAUGUAUGCUAUGUUCUUGAUUGUUUAACUGAAGAAGCAUUGAAAUAUAUUGGUUUCACCUGGAAAAGGCCAGUAUACCCAAUAGAAGAAUUAGAAGAAGAAACUGUUCCAGAAGAUGAUGCAGAAUUGACGUUAAAUAAAAUGGAUGAAGAAUUUGUGGAAGAGGAGACAGAUAAUGAAGACAACUUUAUUGAUCUCAACGUUUUAAAGGCCCUGACAUAUCGCUCGUAUAUGAACGAGUCUGCCAAACAAGAAGAUAUUUUGGAAUCCACAACAGAUGCUGCAGAGUGGAGUCUGGAAGUAGAACGUGUACUACCACAACUGAAAGUCACGAUUAGGACUGACAAUAAGGACUGGAGAAUCCAUGUUGACCAAAUGCACCAGCACAAAAGUGGAAUUGAAUCUGCUCUAAAGGAGACUAAGGGUUAUUUGGACAAACUCCAUAAUGAAAUCAGUAGGACUCUGGAAAAGAUUGGCAGCCGAGAAAAGUACAUCAACAAUCAGCUCGAGCCCUUGGUUCAAGAAUAUCGUGCCGCGCAAGCCCAGCUGAGUGAGGCAAGGGAGCGAUACCAGCAAGGAAACGGAGGAGUUACGGAGAGGACCAGACUCCUAUCUGAGAGAGGCAAGACCUGGUAUAUACUCCCAUUUUCCACUGAAGAGCUGAGGGAGGAAAAAACCUUGCAAGAAGGUUACAGAAGAAUUAGAAAAGGUAAAGCAAGAAAUGGAAGAAAAGGGCAGCAGCAUGACCGAUGGUGCUCCUUUGGUGAAGAUUAAACAGAGCUUAACAAAACUGAAGCAAGAAACCGUUCAGAUGGAUAUUAGAAUUGGUAUCGUGGAACAUAAGCUGCUACAGUCAAAACUGAAGGAGAAAUCCAACAUGACUAGGGACAUGCACGCGACGGUGAUUCCAGAAUCAGCAAUAGGCUCUUAUUAAAGCAUAGUGUUUUUCAUGUUCUGAUUAGUUGAUUUUUUAUAUCAAAUUAUAUUUCAUACUGCAUAGACUUCAAAGCACAAUUAUACCUCUUAAGCCAUGUUCAAAUGGGUAUUUUUUACAUAUAAACACACACAUACUGUAUCAUGGUGAUUAUGAUGGUUAAAUCCUUUACAGUGAAUGUAAUGUUUAAUAAAGUAAUUUAAAAUUCUCACUUUC